GGGGAUCCCGGGGAUGUUGCGCCAGCGUGUGACCGACGAAGCAGCAGCAGCAGCAGCAGCACCAGUAGCCCCCUAGCGGCGGAGGCCUUAGUCUCCGGCGGAGCUCGGCCGUGGAAACCACCCGUGCAUCCCGGGCCGCACAUUGCUUCGUUAUGGCUACUUUCACGCUCGCUGUGUCUUCAGGAGGACCUCAGGCCGAGCGCGGGGGCCCGUAAUUGAGCACCACAUGAGGAGGAGCUUGGCAGUGCACGUCGCCGCCCGGGCCACCGCACUCGCCGCCCUCACGCCCACCGCGCCCACCGCGUCGUCCUUGGGCAUGCCACGACCACAAGCCUCAGCCAAGUGCGCGUCGCCGGAGCAGUGUGGGUCGCAGAAGUGUUCUUUGGAGUCGUGUGAAUUGAAGACGAGUGGAUGGCGAGGCUGUGACCUUCUGGAAUGCCGCCUCCACGGAACGCCAUACGUACGUUAACUCCCACGCUUCACCCCCCUCUGUUCUGUCCCCCCUGGACCCCCCCGCGGGAACACCACACGUAGCGCCCUCUUCUGCGCUUGACAUUACGUUCCUUCUUUACGUUCUGAUUAAUAAUCUCUCUGUUACGAGUGACGCCUCUGUAAAGACUUUGCUUCUGUAACCUAGUUUUGCCUACGUGGCCAAGACAGCUGCAAAGAUCUCUUGCGAAUCGAGGCAGAAAAUCGCAGGUGCUUUCCGCCACUCCCCCCUUCCUGCGGCGCGAGAGGAGCCGCAUCGCUCGCCGCCCGCGAGUGCGAGUCGCCGAGCCAGGGGCGUCGGGCUCCUCCGGAAGGCCCCGCUCAGCCUGCCAGGCCGCUCGACCGCUCGAGAGCGGAUGUCGAGAGCCGACCUGCUCGACGGAGCUUCUGUUGCCGCUUUGUCUACGCCUUCUGCUCCUACUGCUGUUGCUUCUGCUGCUGGUGCCGGCGCUCCCGAACAGCCCGCCACGCGCCCAACAGUCCUACUCACAUUUUCUGUCGGCUGAAGGAGGAAUGAGGUGAUGGGGCGGGCGGUGGGGGCAGCGGUGGCCAUGGCCGCCACGCUGGCCUUGGUUGUCAGCGCCACAGCCCACGACGGCGCAGGACCCACGCACUUCAACAUUGGCGGGAUCCUCUCCAACAAGGAGUCGGACGCGCACUUCAAGAAUACCAUAAUGCAGCAGAUAAACGAGAACAGGACGUACGGAGAUCCCAACGCCCCGCUGGUUGAUGUGACGAUGCUCAUGGACUCCAACCCGAUCAGGACGGCGCUCGAAGUGUGCAAGCAGCUCGUUUCGCAGUCGGUCUACGCGGUGAUCGUGUCGCACCCUCUGAGCGGCGACCUCUCUCCCGCCGCCGUCUCCUACACCAGCGGGUUCUACCACAUCCCGGUCAUCGGCAUCUCCUCCAGGGACUCGGCCUUCUCAGAUAAGAAUAUUCACGUCUCGUUCCUGCGGACGGUGCCGCCCUACAGCCACCAGGCCGACGUGUGGGUGGAGCUCCUGAAGACCUUCCAGUACACGCAGGUCGUCUUCGUCCACUCCUCCGAUACGGACGGAAGGGCGCUGCUCACUCGCUUCCAGAAUCAGGCUCAGAGCCACGAGGACGACAAAGACAUCAAGAUGGAAAACGUGAUCGAGUUCGAGCCCGGCCUCAAUUCCUUCGUGGACAAGCUGAAGGAAAUGCGGGAGGCCUCUGCGAGAGUCUUCCUUCUCUAUGCCAGCAAGGAGGACGCCCGCACGAUCUUCCACGACGCAAGCUACAUGAACAUGACCGGGCGUGGGUACGUGUGGGUGGUGACGGAGCAGGCCCUGAGCGCGGAGUACGUCCCUUCGGGCACCAUCGGCCUCAAGCUCGUCAACGCCUCCGAUGAGGACGCCCACAUCACAGACAGUUUAUACGUGCUGGCGAAGGCGCUGAAGAAGCUGCGGGAGGAGGAGAACGCGACGGAGCCUCCGCCGCAGAACUGCGACAACACGGGCGCCUCGUGGGAGACGGGGAAGAAGUUGUUUCAGUACAUCCUGGAGCAGGUGCUGAAGGAGGGGCUGACGGGCAAGGUCGCCUUCGACGAGAACGGCGACCGCAUCAACGCCGAGUACGACAUCAUCAACAUCCAGGAAUUUAACGAGACGGACGGCCUGAAGAAGGAGCACGUUCCCGUCGGACAAUUCAUAUACAACAAGUCGGCUGGGCGCGGGGCAGGGGACAAGGCAGGGGCACAGACCGUGAGUCCCACAAGCCCACAGCAGCAGACGAAGGAGACGAUGAAGCUGCAGAUAGACGAGAGCGCCAUCAUCUGGCCGGGGAACACCACGGUCAAGCCUCAGGGUUACAUGAUCCCCACGCGACUCAAGGUCCUAACCAUCGAGGAGAAGCCCUUCGUCAACAUCCAGAAGAUCGACAGCAAGGCCAAGUGCCUGGGCAUGGGCAAGGUUCUGUGCCCCUGGUACAACGCCACGGCCGAAGGCACCGACCUCUACUGCUGCACGGGCUACUGCAUCGACCUGCUCAUCACGCUCGCCAACAAGAUCAACUUCACCUUCGAGCUCGCGCUCUCCCCCGACGGAGAGUUCGGCUCCUUGCAGAUGAAGGAGUCAGGAAAGAAAGAGUGGUCGGGCCUCAUCGGGCAGUUGGUCAACCAGACCCACGGCGCAGACAUGAUCGUGGCGCCGCUGACCAUCAACCCGGAGCGAGCGCAGGUGAUCGAGUUUUCGAAGCCCUUCAAGUACCAGGGAAUCACUAUUCUGGAGAAGAAGCAACCUCGCUACUCCACGCUAGUCUCCUUCCUUCAGCCUUUCCGAGACACGCUAUGGAUCCUCGUGAUGGUGUCCGUGCACGUGGUGGCUCUGGUUCUCUACCUUCUCGACAGGUUUAGCCCCUUUGGCAGGUACAAGCUAGCAAACAUGGACGGCACAGAAGAAGAUGCCCUGAAUUUGUCCUCUGCAAUAUGGUUUGCUUGGGGAGUCUUGCUCAACAGUGGCAUUGGCGAAGGAACUCCUCGUAGCUUCAGCGCCCGUGUGCUGGGCAUGGUGUGGGCAGGCUUUGCCAUGAUCAUCGUCGCUUCCUACACUGCCAACCUGGCGGCCUUCCUCGUGCUCGACCGCCCACAGACCUCCCUCACCGGCAUCAACGACGCUCGGCUGCGGAACCCGAUGGAGAACUUCACGUACGCUACGGUCAAGGGCUCGUCCGUGGACAUGUACUUCCGGCGGCAGGUGGAGCUAAGCAACAUGUACCGCACGAUGGAAGGCAACAACUACCACACGGCUGAGGAAGCUAUUCAGGCCGUCAAGUCAGGGAAGCUGAAGGCGUUCAUCUGGGACAGCUCCCGGCUAGAGUACGAGGCGGCGCAGGACUGCGAGCUGGUGACGGCGGGCGAGCUGUUCGGGCGCUCCGGCUACGGCAUCGGCCUCAAGAAGAACUCGCCGUGGGCGGACCGCGUCACGCUGGCCAUCCUGGAGUUCCACGAGAGCGGCUACAUGGAGGAGCUGGACAACAAGUGGAUCCUGCAGGGCAUGGACGACAAGUGCGACACCGACGACAAGGCGCCGGCCACGCUGGGCCUCAAGAACAUGGCGGGCGUGUUUAUCCUGGUGGCCGCCGGCAUCGUGGGCGGCAUCGGGCUCAUCAUCAUCGAAAUCAUCUACAAGAAGCAUCAAAUCCGGAAACAAAAGCGCUUAGAGAUCGCUCGACACGCCGCCGACAAGUGGAGAGGGGCCGUCGAGAAACGCAAGACGCUGCGAGCCUCCAUGAUGAACCAGAGAAGACUGAAGGCGAACGGCGUGAACGAGCCCUCAGUGAUCUGCGCCAACGUCGAGAGCGGCUCGAGCGCGGGCGCCGUCUCGGCCUCCAGCGGGGGCCCGUCGGCGAGCGCCGUGUCCUCCGACUUACCUCGUGUGAUUCCUCCGCCGCCCAGCGCUCCUCCCUUACCUCCUUCGCCUCCAGAACUGCCCCCAGAUGUGCCUCCCGCACCGCCCGCUCCGCGCUGGGGCAACGACAUCAGGCAACGCCACGUUUCCGCACAGGACGAGGGGCUGCCCCCUCCCCCUCCCCCUCCUGCCGGCGUGGACACUAUGCGGCUUCAUGCAUCCUACAAGAACCUGUUCGGCCCUGACCCGCCCGACCUGGUGGUGUGAGCGCCUGCUGCGGCCUCUGUAUCAGAGGUGGUCAGGCUCAAAGGGACAAGUGGCCCUGGCGGGGAGGCCCACUGACUCCCCUCUUCAUUACGUCCACUCAGCGGCGCCGCGGGCAAGCCUCCCCGGGCCAAGCCUCCCCAGGCACCCAGCGCUGUCGCCGAAGGGCCUCCAGCCGGGCCGGGGAGGUACUUACUACGCUUCUCACUCGUCAACAACAUUGUAUAAAACCAUGGACCUUUAUAGCAUGUUAACAGUGGGUCACAGAACCUUGACCACAAUAACUUCAAUUAUUUAGUUUGGUAAAACACAUUACAGCAUUUAUGCUUGCUCCUGGUUAGAAAGCAAACUAUAAUUUGAGUCAGGUAAUCCACACAGACUUCCAAUGAUAUAUUAGGGAGAUACUUGUAGUCCAUUAAGGACUGGUAGACGCAUCCUUCAGUCACCUUUAGGGGCCAGAGGACGCGGUUGUUGAUCUGUUGUUGUCCUACAAUCUCCCACACCAACACCAGGAGUGUGCUAACUGUGGAGCGUUAGUGUGGAGCCCCAUCCAGUGUGAGGGAGCGGGGACUGCCCCCCUCAUCGCAGACGCGUGGGGUGGGGUCCUUUGCACCCCGUCAUUCCACUAAUGUGAGGUACGGGGCACUAGGAGUACCCUCAUGCUGCCAGUGUGAGGGGCGAGUGGCAAUGAGUGCCCCCUCAUUCCGCCAGUGUGAGGGGAUGACGUCCAGAAGCGCCCCUCAUGCUCCUCGCGUGGGGGGCCGGCAUGAAGAGGCACCCCCUCAUGCCGCCAGUAUGAGGGAAGGCGCCAAGGAGUCCCCCUCAUGCCGCCAGUAUGAGGAUUGGCGUCAAGGUGUAUCCCCUACUCUCGCGUUAUCCUUCUUUCUGUUAGCCUUGUAAGGUUCUGCUAAAUAUCUGGAAUCUACAUUGUUGAUGAUACGCUUAUUAACGUUGUGUGUUGUGACUCUGGACUGGCAUGGGACGGGACGAAGCAGCUGCCUCCUAUAUCCUAAUGUCCAAAACUCACGGUGUGCUGGUCUGUUCCCAACGUUAUUUGUAUGUACACUUAUUUGUAAUACCAGAGGCUGAGUAUAAUGGUUUUAUUACAAAGAAAAAAACAAACAAAAAACAAAAAACAAAAUAGUUUUCCAAAAAAAAUAUAAAAGUGAAGAAUCAGUCAUUGCUUAGCUGCAUAUGCUAAAUAUGUUUAGAGCCCAUUGGUAGAAAAUAAAUUGUUAAAUGAAAUUGAGACAAAAUAUGAUUUCAAUCACACAAAAGUGGAGGUCUCCUGCGGGGGGAGGGGGCACGCGCGGUCGUCCCCCCGAGCGAGGUCGUCCCCCUGAAGCGAGGUCGUCCCCCUGAAGCGAGGUCGUCCCUGCAGUCCUUGUGUUUGCACGCGUGAACAGGUUAUGCAGGCGUUCGUAGAGCCACGGGCGACGUCCAGGCCCAGAGGCAGUGUUGCAAUAAGGGACCUUCAACCUUAUGACACACCAACCGAAGGGUCAGGCAAGCCAACUGUGUGGCGUAGGAAGGUGUUUCGAUGUGUGUGCGUGAGCGUGAGUGUGCAGGCGUGCGAGUGUGUCUACGAGGAUCUGUGUUGCUGAGUGUGAGUGCGUGUGCCUGCGUGUGUAUGCUGAAAGGAUCCAGAAUGGAGCUAUAUUUUACUGGUUAUACUCAUCCUUGAUAACUGGCAUACUCCUUAUUUCCCCCCUUCCUCUCUCUCAUUUUUUACAGUUAUAAAUCAUAAUUUCUAAAUCUAUCAUGACCUUUUUUCAUAUAUUAGCAUUCCACCCAGCUAUGCGACAGUGAUGUUUUGCAUGAAGGGGAACAGUUCAUGAAAAUAAGAAAAAUGAAAACCAGAAGACAGCACGUGAUACAACAAAACAGCUGAUUACCAGAUCGGUUUACGGGUUACUUGGAGGAGGACGACCAGGCUCCGGUUCCUCCGACGGGGCGGGUCGUGGCUCAGUGCGUCGUUGCGGAAGGAGUCGUGGCUCAUUGGUUACGGCUCGUGAGGUCGUGAGUCGUGGCCCGCGCGCCAGUGGCGAAAGGCUGUCGGUGAUUGUUACAGUAGAUAGCUAGAGAUGUUGUUAUUGUUUAUUUACCGAUCUGUUCAUUUUUAUUAGGAAGUUUAUGUGCUAAAAUAAAAUUUUAGAAAGUGAAGUUACGAUGUACGUGGAUAUCUGUUCUAUAUGAAAUCAAAGCCUCAAACACAUGCACUUGUGUGCAUCCACAAGUAAACAUUCGAAUGUACAUACAUUCAUUUACUUACAUACUAACACACAUACACACACACACACACACACACACACACACACACACACACACGCACGCACGCACGCAAGAUGGAAACAUGAAGCCACAACAAAGCACACGAGGAUUUGUUCCCGAGGGAGCAAGAGUUGCAGACAUGUGCAUCCUCUCUCCAGCAGCUCUGAUCCGAUUAGCUUUUCUGCUGUGUUAAAAUUAAUGGUAUUGUACAGUGUUGAGUGUACAGAUAGUGGGUUAAGAUCUGUAAGGACGAGAGUAUCAUGCCAAUUACGCUUAAAAGUCGACCCUAUUGUCAAGUCAUAUCAAAAGGAGACGUGAAAACGGUAGACUGACGAGUCCACGGUUCUGGGGAAGUCCUGCUCUGGCUCGCUAAGGAGGCCCUUCCCUGGCUCACUAAGGAGGCCCUUCCCUGGCUCGCUAAGGAGGCCCUUCCCUGGCUCGCUAAGGAGGCCCUUCUCUGGCUCG